AUGAACCAAGAGAGAAUUAAUGUUGCAAGUGUUGAAUCUAGUGCGGAAAACAUAGAUCAUGACCCGGGAAAGCGGAGACCUAUUGUUGAGCCUAUUAAUGACAAUCGGUUUGGCGAUGAUGCAUUUGUGAGCGCGGGGUGUAAAAAUUGGAAAAAGGCUCUUGCUAUUUUUAGAGAACAUGAGGGUUCAGUUAAUAGCACGCAUGAUCAAGCUAGAAUACUUUUUGAAGGAUUUAAAAAUCAAAGACAAAGUGUUGAAUAUAAUUUGACGAAAUUUGAUAAGGAAGACGAAGUCAACUAUCGGAUUCGUUUGACUGCUUCUUUAAAUGUGACUCGAAUAUUGUUGAAACAAGGGUUGGCUUUUCAGGGAAAUGAUGAAUCAUUGGAGUCUGAAAAUAGGGGAAACUUUCUAGAGAUACUUGAAUGGUUGCGUGAGCAAAAACUUGAGGUAGCAGCGGUAACAUUGGAGAAUGCUCCUAGCAAUAAUCAGAUGGUUAGUCCUUUAGUUCAAAAGGAAUUGACAAAUUGUUGUGCCGUUGAAACUACAAAAGUUAUUUUGGAAGAUAUUAAAAAUCGCAAUUUCUCUCUUUUGGUUGAUGAAGCGCGCGAUGCAUCGAUUAAAGAACAAAUGGCUUUGGUUCUUAGGUAUGUUAACAAUGAUGGAGAGAUUGUAGAAAGAUUCUUGGCCUUGGUUCAUGUCACCGAUACCACAGCAAAAUCUUUGAAGGAAGGGAUUGACUUAGUAUUUGCUAAGCAUGGUUUAUCUUUGUCACGAUUAAGAGGUCAAGGUUAUGAUGGUGCAUCAAAUAUGCGGGGUGAGUACAAUGGUUUGAAAUCACUUAUAUUGAAUGAAAAUCCAUCUGUCAACAAGUGGUCGUCGAUAAUUGAAGUGCUUGAAAAUGUGUUUGAAGAUGGUUCUAAUCCUGAUAAUAGAGGUAUAUCAAAAACAUUGUCCAUGAGGAUGGUUCUUGAUUUACUUACUCAAGAGAUGGAGAAUCAUUUUCCGAAAAUAAACACAGAAUUGCUUACUUGCAUAAAUUCCCUUAGUCCAAAAAACUCAUUUGCUAGCUUCAAUGUGGACAAGUUGGUUCAUCUUGCAGAACUUUAUCCGGCUGACUUCUCAUCUAUUGAAUGCAUAUCUCUUCCAUAUCAACUUAAAACUUUUAUCAAUGAUAUAGUUGAUAAAGUUGAGUUCUCCAACAUUGAAGAUUUGGGAAAUUUAGCAAAGAUUUUGGUUUCUACCUCAAGAGAUAAAGCUUUCCCAUUGGUGUACCGUUUGAUUGAGUUGACACUGAUCCUCCCGGUUGCAACAGCUUCUGUCGAGAAAGUAUUUUCUUCCAUGAAACUUAUUAAGACAGAUUUGCGCAAUAGAAUGGGAGACGAAUGGAUGAAUGAUAUCAUGGUGGUAUACAUUGAGAGGGGAAUUUUCAAAAAAAUUGAAAAUGAGACUAUUCUGCGGCGAUUUCAAGACAUGAAGACUCGUCGAAAACAGUUAUCAUCUAGUGUGUCUUAA